AAAGGUGCCACCAUUUUCUCUCCUCUUACUCACUGCUUUGCCUUUUUAACGGCAACAACAGCUACUUGAGAAACAGUCUUUUAAAACUUGCUUCCUUUUUUAAUCUUAAAACCUGUCUUGAUCCGAGUUCUUCUUCCAAAGAAGAGAUGGAGAAAAGGGAAGAUGGAGGGAUCUUGACAUAUGAUGGUAGAUAUGUUAUGUACAAUGUACUCGGUAACAUUUUCGAGCUAUCUUCAAAAUACAUCCCUCCUAUUGAACCCAUCGGCCGAGGUGCUUAUGGUAUUGUCUGCUGUGCUACAAACUCAGAGACAAAUGAAGAGGUUGCUAUAAAGAAGAUAGCAAACGCGUUUGACAACAGAGUUGAUGCUAAAAGAACUCUCCGAGAGAUCAAGCUCCUUUCCCACAUGGAUCAUGACAAUGUUAUCAAAAUUAAAGAUAUAAUUGAGCUACCAGAGAAAGAAAGGUUCGAAGAUGUAUAUAUUGUUUAUGAGUUGAUGGAUACAGAUUUGCACCAGAUCAUUAGAUCCACUCAAACUCUAACUGAUGACCAUUGUCAGUACUUCCUUUACCAAAUUUUGAGAGGCCUUAAGUACAUACACUCUGCAAAUGUUCUUCACCGCGAUCUGAAACCGAGCAACUUGGUUCUGAAUACGAACUGUGACCUGAAAAUCUGUGAUUUUGGGCUAGCAAGAACGUCGAAUGAGACAGAGAUAAUGACUGAGUAUGUUGUGACGAGAUGGUACCGUGCACCUGAAUUGCUUCUCAACAGCUCUGAAUACACAGGAGCUAUUGACAUUUGGUCUGUUGGUUGCAUUUUCAUGGAGAUACUUAGAAGAGAGACGCUUUUCCCUGGUAAAGAUUACGUUCAGCAGCUGAAACUUAUUACUGAGGUAAGCAAAUUAAAACCUUAAUCCAAAAUCUAUCAUUUUGGUUUGUGUGUGUGUGUGUGUUGGUUGUUGGAAGCAUUUCUCUGUUUUGUUUUGGGUUGUUUUUAGCUCUUAGGGUCACCAGAUGACUCGGAUCUCGACUUCUUGAGAAGCGAUAAUGCGCGGAAGUACGUAAAACAACUCCCACAUGUUCAAAAACAAUCAUUCAGAGAAAAGUUUCCAAACAUUUCCCCAAUGGCUCUAGAUCUUGCUGAAAAGAUGCUAGUUUUCGAUCCUUCAAAGCGCAUCACAGUGGAUGAAGCAUUGAAGCAGCCGUACUUGGCAAGUCUCCAUGAGAUCAACGAAGAACCAACAUGUCCUACUCCUUUCAGCUUUGACUUUGAGGAGACAGCCUUAGAUGAACAAGACAUCAAGGAGCUUGUCUGGAGAGAGUCUUUACACUUCAAGAAUAUGUAAUCUCCCAAAUUCUCACUCUCUUCAUAAUUUUUAAGACACUUGAAAGCUUAUUUGUCUAAGCUGUGGGGAAUAGUGAACAUGACUCGUAUUCUCGUGUGCAUGUGUUUGUUUUGCUGAUGGUUGGUUGUGCAAUGGGAAAAAAGUUCUUACCCAAACAAACCCUUAAGCGAUUGCAAAUAAUUUCAACCCGACCAAUCUCUACACAAGAUAAAGCUAAUUCGACCAUACUCUGCCUAAAUCAAAUCUAAUUUCACCAAAUUCCUUAAAAGUCCCAAAGAUUAGCUAAAUCGUCCUAAA